GGCUGCGGCGUCAUCCUGGCGUUAACAGUUAACAGUCCGUGUUAGUCCUCCCACAGUAGCUAUGGUGGGCAUGAGUGUUCUCAGGUCUGCUGCUGCCUUUGCAGCCAGACUGAGUCCUCUGAAAUCUGGAAAUACGGCGGCAAAUUUACUCACUCGGACAAUCCCACGGGCAGAUAAAGUGGCCGUCCGUUGGGGUCAUGGAAAGAAAAUGUUUGUCAUCAAACCCUCUGAAUACUACGACAGGAGAUUUCUGCGUUUAUUUCGAUUUUACGUCCUGCUGACUGGCAUUCCUGUGGCUAUCAUUGUCACAUUUGUGAAUGUCUUCAUCGGUGAGGCAGAGCUGGCAGAAAUUCCUGAGGGCUAUAUACCUGAGUACUGGGAGUACUACAAGCACCCCAUCACCAGGUUUAUUGCUCGGAACAUCUGUGAGUCCCCUGUGAAGGACUAUGAAAAGAUGAUGGCAGCAAUCCAGAUAGAGAAAGAGAAGGCUGACAUGAGACUGCUGCAGCUGGAGGUGCGUCGACACAUGAGGCAAAAGGGAGAUGGCCCCUGGUUCCACUGUGGAGACCCUUAGCAAGGAUCUCAUCGACAACAGCCCCAAGUCAUCACCUGACAAUUAAUCUAGAUGUGUCUGUUGUCAGUACAUCACGCCGAUCAAUCUCACUGUUUGUACAUUUUUUCCUGUCUUGCGAAAAUAAAAUAUCUGUAUCUGUACCCUGA